AUGGAAAAUAGAGUGUUUGCCAAGUGCAAAAUUUGCCAAGAAACAUUCGAUACCGAUACGCUUCUUCAAAACAUCAAAGAUAAUUAUUUCUGUAGAAACUGUUUCAAGGAAAGUUUUUUUGUCAGAAGCAGACCCGCGGCUCAAGGUGAUCUAGGAACUCAAAAGAAAACCGAAAGUGAGUUUAUACCAAAUCCCGACCAAUAUGUUACGAGCAAUAAACAUCAUUUGCCAUCUUUAGAUGGUUUUUCAACUUCCAGCGUAACGUCUAUGUCUAGAUUGCCUCUUCAAUGUCCCUGCUGCUACAACCACGUUUCAAUGUCUACACUGGAACAUCAUUUCAAGCGCGACCAUAGUAGUAAAGUACCAAUUGUCUCGAUCGACUUGGAUAUGUGCUGUGCAUCUGAAUUUGAUCCUGAACUUAUACAAUAUAAAGCUCCGCAAUGCUUUUUUCUUCUUAAAUUGCAAAAUGUCGGAAGGUCCUACGAUAGUUUAAAUGAAAAGCCGAUGGUAUUAAUUAUAGCUGCUAGACUAUCGUGUAAAGAUAUUGAUUCAGAUAGCGAGGACUCCGAAUGUGACGACGAUGAUAGUUCACUUAAUUCAGAUAAAGUUUCAAGACAAGGAGAUCAAAUCAUAAUAUGGGCGGCUUGUAAUAUUCAAACAACUCUCAGCUGUACAGUAGCAGUUUCGAUGAUCAAUAAAGAAAUUCGCAAUAAAUUUUUCGGGAAAAUGUUAUGUCUUCAAGAAACGCCUCAAACAGUUUGUAAAGAAGGAUAUGGUCUGAUGCUUAGUCAUCUUCAGUGCCAAGGAAUGACCGAAAAUGGAAGAAAGCCCCUCGUUCUCGAAGUUGUAGUUCACAGUCCAUAA